AUGCUGAAAAAAGCCCCUGUCAUCACGACACCAACACCAGCCUCAUCUGUCAACAUAGGCGAGGCGUAUAGGAGCUCCUCAGGUUCCCUAGGAUCCUCUACUUUGGCCACGAACAACACAGCGGCAUCAGAAACCACCUCAUCCACUCCUCUUUGUGGGAAUGAGCUCUUAACUCAAGCAUCUGCUAAUCGUCUUCUUGCUGAGCUUUCCAGUCUUUCUGCAGCUCGACCUCUUUUACGCUGCUCGCUUGGGCGACCGUCACUCUACCGGCGAGCUGAACUUGAUGAACUCGAUUUGCUGUCUGACGGAGAUGGAGAAGGUGACGGAAAUACAGUUAAUGGCGCAUCUAGUACCUCCAUCGGCCAGGAUACUUUAUCGGCUUCCUCUACCCGCAUGGGAGCUAGCAGACGACGUGCAGCUUUGGGAAGCGAUUCAGUUGAUACCCAAAGUUCUACCACUCUACAUCGUCUCUAUGCCCAUGAUUUAGCUAGUCUCCAAGAUGUGCUGGAUCGACGUGCUUUGCCUGGGGGACCUAGCCAAUUGAUCCCGCAGUUAAGGUUCGAAGCAUACUUUUGUUUUUCUAAAUAG